UUAACUGUAAAAAGAGUGGUUCCUCGGCCCCUUAUAAUCAUCGACGGAGCCUAAGCACCUUAAUCCUACCCCAAAGGUUGCUUUGCUAGAGAAAUAACGAUAAGCACCAAAGACCGGAUUCAGACAAUCAUUUCUAGCGAUCGAGGAAGGCAGAUGCUCAGGGAAAGUCUUCAAAAUGCCGAGCGAGGGAGGAGGGCGGGCUAGCAAGUGAGGCAGGUCCCGCCCCCUUUAGCCUCCCAGGAGAAGCGGGCAGGAGUUGGCGUGCCCCGCGGAGAGAAAGCAGCGAGGGCGGGAUGGAUGUGGGGGCAGCACAGUUUCCAGAAUUGUUGCCUCGGUUAGAGGAGCUUAUCCUUGGCUGCGACUUUGUUGGUGAGGCAGGGGCGUGAUAUGGAAAGCGAACCUUCCCCAUCUUUAUAGGUUAACUACGAAAGAGGACAUGCCCUGUUGAUCACGCACGUCCACCCUCAUGCGUGCAAACUCUGGUCUCAGCUGCUAUACGAAUGGCGCGUGCCUCCUUAAACUUUGGGAGGUGUUUUAAAUGGAGAAAGCUGUUAUUGACCCCCCCCCUCCAAAUUGCUGGAUCUACUUCAGGGGCUUACCAGGAUCUGCUUACUGUAAAUGGAGGACUGGAUCACUGAUUGGAUUCCCACUUGGCCUUGAUAUGGAAUUCACAGGUUUGUAUUCUGACAGGCAGCCUAGUCUGUUUGAUUUACCUGCUGAGUGGUAUCGGAAAGCCAGACAGAGUGUUCAGCGGUUUACAGUGAAUCAACUUGGUUUGUCCAUAUUUUGCAAGGGGAUGUCAAAUGAGUAUAUUGUGCAUUCAUAUAACUUCUUCCUAUUCCCUGCCACAUUUGGCCAAAUGGAUUCUGAGUUCUCCUGCAAAGCAUCUAGUAUUCAGUUCCUGUCUCAUUAUGGCUUUGACUAUAACAAGUUUCUUAAAGAUGGAAUCCCUUAUAUGAAUGAAACACAAGAGAAGAAACUUCAGCAUCUGUUAUCUGGUAAUUGGAUGGUCCAAAGUUUUGAUAAAGACAAAGUGAAAAAAGUGAUUGAUCAAGUAACUUGUUGGAUAUCCUCAGCAGAAGAGGAAGAUUCUGUGGUUCUGCAGGAUGUAUAUGGCUUUCAAGUGAUUGAACUACAGCUCAUUCUAAGAAAAGCUUUUCCAGAUAUUUGGACUAUUCCUUUGGAAGAUGAAAAAUUGAUGGUGAAAAAGAUGAAUCCACAAUACCGCUGGGUCCUGGAAAAUACUGCUUUUGAUCCAUGUCAAAGAGAACAAAUUCUUUUUUCCGCAAGGGGCUUCACCAAUAUUUUUCAGACACUUGUGAGAGCUAAGAAGCCGCUGGUGGGACACAACAUGCUGAUGGAUCUCCUCUAUCUACAUGAGAAAUUUUACAAACCCCUUCCUGAAAAGUAUGAAGAAUUCAAAGAUAACCUUCACUUUCUGUUUCCUGUUCUUUUGGAUACGAAGAACAUUGCCAAAGCCACGUGGAAGGAAUUUCAGUUUCCUCAAGUUUCUUAUCUUUUGGAGUUGUAUGAAAUGCUGUGCAGUGUUGUGAGUCCAACAGACCAGAUUUGUCCAGAGAUCUUUCACUCAGAUGAUUGCCUCAGAUACGCUACAAAUAAGUGUCCUCAUGAGGCUGCCUAUGAUGCAUUCCUCUGUGGAGCAGUUCUUCUUAAAAUAGCUCAUUUGCUCCUUUGCAGAAAAACUGGUGAUCAAACAGCAACACCCACUUUUUCUCAGUACGUUGAUGUAUUAGCUGCAUAUGUGAAUCAGGUGAACUUAAUUCGAGGCGGAGUUCAGAAAAUUAAUUUUUCUGGCCUGGAUGACCUGACAACACGUCCCCCCCUCCUAUUAGCCACUGUGAAGGGGUGGCAUGGGGUAACUGAAGAGCAGAUUCAUCAAGAGUUGAGGACUUUCUGUAGGUUUGAUGUCUGUCGGCUAAGAGUGAACCAGUUUCUCCUGCUCGCCAAUAAUUUUAAAGACAUCAGGAUAGUUCUGAAAGCAUAUAAGGCCCAUCCUAACCUACAGAUUUCCGUAUAUCACCAUUGGAAGCAUUCUCCACGAGUGACUAGCUUCCUACAAAUAUGUGCCAUUGUGGCUUCUUGGUCUCUGCUGGCUUUCUUGCUUGGAGGGUCUUAUAGUUGUCGUGUGUAACAGCUCAUCCACUAGAAAUGCUUGGUUUCUUUUUCUCUCAAUGUAAGCUGUACAAUAAUAGAUUAAAACACUUUGCAAUGAUCCCAAAGUUGUGUGGUUCCUAAUGUGGAAAGAAGAAUAG